GACGGGGAGGAGAGAGGGGAGAAGAAAGGAGAGAGAGGAGGGGGCCAUGCAGUCAGGUGGGAUGGUCUUUGUUCUGUCACAGGGAGGUGGGUGACACAGGGGGUGGGCGGUCUCUCUGCCCUCCAGGCGGCUCCAGGGGGAGGUCCGGUGUGUGUGUCCCCGGGGGAGGGCUUCGACCUGGGCUUUAUAAGUGUCCUGUGCCCCCGCUCCUCACUCUGCUCCAGCUUCUCCACGGCUCCAAGAUGACCUCCUUUUACCGCUCCUCCUCAUCCUCCUCUCGUCUGGGCUCCAUGCGGGCACCCAGCGUGUACGGAGGGGCAGGGGGCUCGGGGAUACGCGUGUCCAGUGUGAGCGCCCCCCGCAGCUUCUCCUCUGCAGGCAUGGGAGGCUUCAACCUCUCCGAUGCUCUCGAUGUGACUGACAACAAGAAGGCCACCAUGCAGAACCUGAACGACCGGCUCGCCAGCUACUUGGACAAGGUGCGAUCUCUGGAGAAAGCCAAUGCAGAUCUGGAGCUCAAGAUUCGGAUGUUUCUAGAAAAUAAAACCAAACCAGAGGAACGUGACCAUGAGGGGUUCAAUGGAAUCAUCAGAGACCUGCAGGACCAGAUUCUCGAUGCCACCCGGAAUAACGGCGCCCUCUUCCUGGCUGUCGACAAUGCCAAACUGGCCGCCGAUGACUUCAAGACCAAGUAUGAGAACGAGCUGUCCCUACGUCAGUCUGUGGAGGCGGACAUCGCGGGGCUGAAGAGAGUUCUGGAUGAGCUGACUCUGGCGCGCUCAGACCUGGAGAUGCAGAUCGAGGCUCUGAAGGAGGAACUCAUCAUGCUCAAGAAGAACCAUGAGGAGGACCUCCAGACCAUACGCUCUCAGGUCUCGGGCAAUGUGAAUGUGGAGGUGGACGCCGUUCCUCAGCAGGACCUCGCCGCCACCAUGGCGUCCAUCAGAGAACACUACGAGACCGUGGCCGCCAAAAACCGCAAGGAGCUGGAGAACUGGUUCCAGGCUAAGAGCGAGCACCUGAGUCGGGAGGUGGCGGUCAGCACAGAGACGCUACAGUCGUCCAAGUCAGAGAUCACCGAGGUCAAACGCACACUGCAGGGACUGGAGAUCGAACUGCAGUCACAACUCAGCAUGAAACAGUCUCUGGAGGACACGCUGGCCGACACGCAGCAGCGGUACGGCGCCAUGUUGGCCGGGUACCAGCGACAGGUGAUGUCACUAGAGCAGCAACUGAGCGCGCUCAGAAGCGACCUGGAGCGACAGGGGCAGGAGUACCAAGUCCUCCUCGAUACCAAGACCCGGCUCGAGCUGGAGAUACAAGAGUACAGGCGACUGCUGGAGGGAGAGAUGGGAGGUCCGGUUCAUAGUUCCAGUACCACUCGGACUCAGAAAGUCCUGAUCGUGACCAAAGAGGUGGAAGAAGACGAAGACGAAGAGGAGGUCAACGAGACAGAAGACUAAACCAGGACCAGACCACAACUAGACCAGAACCAGACUAUGACCUGAGCCACAUCCAGAGUCCACAGCACUUCAGACCCGGAGAAGAGCCAAGAGUCCAGCCCCAGAACAAGGACCCAAAACAUGUUCCAGUCCGAGCUGAACCAAUCCUGAGCCGUUCACAGAAACAAUAAAAUCUGAUGAACUG